AUGGCGAAUCCAAAAACGAUUCAAGAAAUCCAGGAGAAGCUGAAAGACCGGUUGCGAGGAACUCAAUAUGAGUCUUCCCACCUGGAGCCGUUGACUGGUGGCUCGUCAAAUUUCGUUUAUAGGAUGACCUUAUCAAAGCCUCUAGAUGACGAUGCAACUUUGAUCAUCAAACAUGCUGAAGCGCAUAUGGCCGUUGCGCCUGCGAACAAACUCAAUAUGAGUCGCUGUCAAAUUGAGUCAACUUGCUUGACCGCACUCGCCUCAUUCAAUAUUCAGACAAGUAUCGAGAGUACGCCCCGAUAUACUGUCAGAGUACCUCGUUUCUAUCUCUGUGAUGAGAAAAAUGGGGACCAAAUCAUUGAAGAUUUGCACGGUGGAAUAAAUUUGAAACAAUAUUUUCUGAAGGAUUUCCCCUCGAACAUGCAGAACCUAUCGCAGCCGAAUCUUCACAUACUUGGCAAGGCAUUGGCACAGUACAUUCAGGCCUUCCAUUUGAACGCUCAGAAUGAUCGGCAAAUGCGUGAUUUGGUUAAGCUUAACCAACGCAUGCAAGACAUCAGACACGAGACCAAUUACGACUGGCUCCUACAGCGAAUUGAGAAGUAUCCGGAUAUCCUGGAGGGUUCACGAGUCAUUUUUCAAGAGGUCAAGAAGAUGGCCGUACGGGAGCUUCAUAGUCCUGAUACGCUUGUUCCAAUUCAUGGUGACUAUUGGCCGGGAAACAUUUUGUUAAAGCAAGGAUCUCUUCAAGCAAAGAGUGACGUGGAUAUUUUUGUGGUAGACUGGGAGAUGGCUCAGCUGGGACCUUCAGCCAUUGAUCAUGGAGAGAUGGUUGGUGAGAUGUAUUGUCUGUGGUUUUAUAGAAAGAUUGAUGCUGGCUUGUGGAUGAUUCAAGGUUACGCAGAUGGGCUCGGCAAACAGACAGAGGAUCAGACUUGGAGAACCAUCCUCCAAAUAGGAGUUCAUUUGCUUACUUUUGGAACCAUUGCCCCUAAUUGGGGAACCCCCGAGCAAGUCAAGGAUCUGGCUAAGGUGGGCAAGGAGAUCGUGGUAAACUCUUGGAAGAAAGAUCGUUCAUGGGUCGAAGGGACAGAAUUCGCUUGUUUCUUUGCUAAUACCUCUGAGUCUGCAUAA